AUGGCCGCCCUUCAGCUCGUACAGGAAAUCGAAGAUGAAAAGGCCAAGGCCAGCCGGCUCGAGUGGUGCCUGCGCGAGAUUCUGGCCGAGCGCGACGUUCUCCUGCGUCAGCACGAAGACGAGGCCCGCCGGAAGCGGCAGGAGGAGCUCCACAGCCUCAACCACCACCUCAACCUCAACCUCCACGCCUCGGUCUCCUCGCCCUGCGUCGUCGUCACGCCCAUCGCCCCCGCUCCCGUUCCAGCUCUCAACCCGCACGCCCGGCCGCGUUCGACGUCGGCCCCGCCGGCCAUGAUCACCACCCCGCCCGCACUCCUCCCCGUUGGCCCACCCAGCGCCGCCGCCCAGCCGCCGCCGCCGCCGCUGCUCCGCCCGCAGCCGCACUCGUUCCGUAUCGUGCGCCAGCACCAGCUCCAGCUUCAGCAGCAGCAACUGCAGCACAAGCAGCGACAGCAUCAACACCAACAGGGGUCGUGCGAGGCGGCGCGGCUGCUCGGCCUGUCGUCGUCGGAGGCGGAGGCGCCGACGGACACGAUGGUGGUGGACACGUCCGCAAAGUACCAGGGCCCGGUCAAGCGAGCGCGGCUCGGCACCUCCCUGCCCGCCGUCGCGUCGUCGUUGUCGUCGUCCAACCAGCCCAACCAGCUGCAGCUGCAGCCCCUCCGUCCGGCCACGGUGGUCCAUCACCAGCACCAGCACCACCAGUCUGCCGGCGUCACCGCUCGUCAGUCGGCCCCGAUGACGUCCGUUGACGCCAACCGUUUCCACCCGCUCCAACCGCACCAGGUUCAACACCAGCACCAGCACCAGCACCAGCACCACGGCCACGACCACCACCAGCAUCAGCACGUCUGUGGAGGCCCCAACUCGGCGGCCGGCUGCGAGUCGCCUGUCGGAUGCCUCCCUUUCGGCGGCACCCCGCCGCAGUGCGCCGCUGGCGUUGUCGCGGCUGCUGCUGCUGGUGGUUCGCUCUCGGCGUCGUCUUCGUCGUCGUCCUUCGAGUGGAACAACAGCUGCUCCUCGACGGCAGCCACGCCGAUGCCGACGCCGACCCUCGCCGGCGGAGACUGCGCUACCGAGUGGCCGCUCGCCGGCCUCAACGACGAGUUCGACUACGAUGCCCUGCUCGACAACCUCUCGUCGGGACUGUAA